AAAAAGGUGGUCAUUAUGAGUCCCCCUCAGAUUGUCUCGUUAUCCCCCCCUGUGAACCAUGUGGAGCAGGUUGAGCAGCAGGACAAGCGUAUGCCUGACGACCAGCGAUCAUUCAACAUAGAUGAGAAGAAAGAAGAUAUACCCCAAUAUAUGCAAGAUGCCUUCGGUGACGAGGAGUUUGCCGAAGUCAAGUACAAGGUCCUCAAGUGGUGGCAAUGCGGCUUGCUCAUGGUGGCCGAGACAGUGUCUUUGGGUGUCCUUUCUUUACCCGCGGCCGUCGCCGGCUUAGGUUUAGUCCCCGCUAUCAUUAUCUUGAUUUUCUUCGGAGCCCUGGCUACAUACACUGGUUAUGUGAUUGGGCAGUUCAAAUGGAGAUACCCUCACAUCUCGAACAUGGCCGAUGCGGGCGAGGUGCUCGCGGGCAAAUUUGGACGUGAACUACUAGGAAUUACCCAGACAUUGUUCCUCGUGUUCAUCAUGGCCAGUCAUAUACUCACGUUUGUCAUUGCCAUGAACACCCUCACUGAGCAUGGCACCUGCUCCAUUGUCUUUGGAGUGGUCGGAGCGGUGGUGUCCUUUGUAUUGUCCCUGCCUCGAACGCUGGCCAAGAUGUCCUGGCUCUCGCUUGUUUCAUUUAUCAGUAUUCUGUCAGCUGUUAUCAUCACCAUGAUCGGUGUUGGCAUCUUAGCUCCCGGAGCCGGGAGCAUGCAGGUUACGGUUAAGACCGACCUGGUCCACGGAUUUACGUCUGUCACCAACAUUGUUUUCGCUUUCGGUAUCUGGACAUGCCGCCUUCUUCGGUUUUGCCGCCGAGUUGAAGGACCCCCGGGACUCCCCAAGGCUCUGUGUUUACUACAGAGCAUUGACAUCUCCCUAUAUAUCAUUGCAGCCGUGGUCAUCUACCGCUACGGUGGUGCUGAUGUCGCCUCUCCCGCCCUGGGGUCAGCAAGCCCUGUCGUCUCGAAAGUUGCCUACGGCAUUGCCUUGCCAACUAUUAUUAUCGCCGGUGUCAUCAACGGCCACAUCGCCUUCAAAUACAUCUAUAUCCGUAUCUUUCGUGGUACUGACCGCAUGCAUAAGCGCGACUGGGUCGCAGUCAGCUCCUGGGUGGGCAUUGCUGCGAGUCUGUGGAUCCUCGCCUGGAUCAUCGCCGAAGCUAUUCCUGUCUUCAGUAACCUUCUCAGCUUGAUUACUGCCCUUUUCGCUAGCUGGUUCACCUUCGGCCUGAGCGGAAUGUUUUGGCUGUACAUGAACAAAGGUCUUUGGUUUUCCUCUCCAAAGAAAAUUCUUCUUACCUUGGUGAACCUGCUGGCUAUUGUUGUCGCUGCCACGCUUUGUGGUCUCGGCCUUUACGUCUCCGGUAAAGCCAUCCACGACGACCCGAGUAGUGCAAGUUUCUCUUGCGCGAGUAAUGCGUAA